AUGGCAUCUCGCGCGAUUCCUUCUCACUUGAAGCCCUCUGCUGCUGAGGGCGGCGAGGGUGGCUUCUCAUCUCAGCGCCACCACGGCAAGUCGCAGUCCCAUGUGGCUUUCGAGAACACAUCUACCAAUGUCGCCGCCUCGCAAAUGCGCAAUGCGCUCAACAAGCUUGCCGACACCGUCACAGACCCCGCCGAGAAGAAGGUCAGCCGCAAUCCUUUCGCACCCCCUCCAAUCCCCUACUUUGAGACGGAAAUGGACAACUUCUUCGCUCUAUUCCGACGAUACCUCAACGACAAGGCCAAGGGCACUGCCAUUGACUGGAACCGCAUUGCUCCCCCCAAGGCCGAGCAGGUCGUCAGCUACGAUGACUUGGCCAACACCGAGGCUGUCGAAUACCUGAACAAGUUGGCGGUUGUCAAGCUCAACGGUGGUCUUGGUACCUCCAUGGGUUGCGUUGGCCCCAAGUCGGUCAUCGAGGUCCGCGAUGGCAUGUCCUUCUUGGAUCUGUCAGUGCGCCAAAUCGAGUACCUGAACCGCACAUACGAUGUCAACGUUCCUUUCGUGCUGAUGAACUCAUUCAACACCGACACCGACACCGCCAGCAUCAUCAAGAAGUACGAGGGACACAACAUUGACAUCCUCACCUUCAACCAGUCAAGAUACCCCCGUAUCCUCAAGGACUCGCUCCUGCCCGCUCCCAAAGAGAACAAGUCAGACAUUGCCAACUGGUACCCCCCUGGCCACGGUGAUGUUUUCGAGUCUCUCUACAACACCGGCAUGAUCGACAAGCUCAUGGACCGCGGUAUCGAGUACAUCUUCCUUUCCAACGCCGACAACCUGGGUGCCGUUGUCGAUCUCCGCAUCCUCCAGCACAUGGUUGACUCCCAGGCGGAGUACAUCAUGGAGUUGACCGACAAGACCAAGGCUGACGUCAAGGGUGGUACUAUCAUCGACUACGAGGGCUCAGUUCGUCUGCUUGAAAUUGCCCAGGUUCCCAAGGAGCACGUCAACGAGUUCAAGUCGAUCAAGAAGUUCAAGUACUUCAACACCAACAACAUUUGGAUGAACCUCGCGGCCAUCAAGCGUGUUGUCGAGGCUAACGAGCUUGCCAUGGAGAUCAUCCCCAACGGCAAGUCCAUCCCUGCCGACAAGAAGGGCGAGGCCGACAUCUCCGUUCUCCAGCUCGAGACCGCUGUCGGUGCUGCCAUCAAGCACUUCAAGAACGCACAUGGUGUCAACGUUCCCCGAAAGCGUUUCUUGCCCGUCAAGACCUGCUCUGACCUCAUGCUCGUCAAGUCGGAUCUUUACACACUCCAACACGGUCAGCUGGUGAUCGACCCCAACCGAUUCGGUCCCGCGCCCUUGAUCAAGCUUGGCAGCGACUUCAAGAAGGUUUCCAGCUUCCAGUCCCGCAUCCCCUCCAUCCCCAAGAUCGUCGAGCUCGACCAUCUGACCAUUACCGGUCCCGUCAACCUUGGCCGUGGCGUCACCCUCAAGGGUACCGUCAUCAUCGUUGCGACCGAGGGCUCUACCAUCGACAUUCCUCCGGGCUCCAUCCUCGAGAACGUUGUUGUCCAGGGUUCGCUCAGGCUGCUUGAGCACUAG